ACCUUACGCAAAAAAAAGGUUGUCUAGAAUUCUGGAUCCAAUUAAUAGAAAUCGCCUCCAUUUUUACUAAUGUUAAUUUCGUUUUUAAGUGUCGACCUGGUCAUGCCUCCUCCGCUGUCAUCUGUCACUGUCAGUCAGUGUCAAAAUAAAUAUUUUGAACUCGAUUGAUACUGAAUUAUUGAAAGUUUUUAACUCAUUUACUUCAUUAAAAUAACAAGGUUUUGUGAAAUUUGCUGAUGUGUUUGUAUAAUAUAUAUUAUAUAAUUCGGGGUAGCUCGAAAAAUAUAGAAUUUAGGUAGAAAACUAAAUUUACCUUGUUUAUAAGAAAUGUAUUAGGUAUAUAUGAAUCCAAGUGCCUGACGACAUUUCAACAUAUCAUUUCAUAAAUAACCAUGCUUGUAAGUGCAUAGAAGAUUUUGUUCAUCAAGAAAUGUAAAGAAACAGAGUCAGAACUGAAAAUGGAUGCCCAAAUUCAACAAGUGGUACAAAGCAACAGUGCAAUAAUAAACUCCCUAAAUGCGGACUGCUGGCGUCUCAUCUUGGAUUAUUUAUCAAUCAAGGAGCUCCUGCAGACGGAGCUGACCUGCAAAGAUUGGCAGAAGUUGGUGCUUGAUCACAUAUCACAUCGUCCAAUAGUUAUUCACAGUAUGGAAAUAGACGAAAACACCUUAAUAUUGAAACAAUCGAGUGAGGCCUGGUGUUCGUUCAAACGUUGGGCGAGGAAGUGUGGCGGCUCCGUUCAGGACUUCGACAUGGACUGUAACCACUACAAGGAUGCCGUGGAGACCCUUAGAGACCACUGCCCGAAUCUAGUAGGUCUUAAGCUCAGCAGGUUAAAAAAGAAACUGUCGCCGACCGAUACGCUCCACUUUCAGAAACUAACCUGGCUCGUGUUCGACUGCUGCGACGAGGUAACAGAUGAUUGCGUCAGUCAAUUUUUAACAAAUAGCUUAGAGGAAUUACGAAUUACAUAUAAUAAGCGAGUUACAGGUCGAUUUCUUAAUAAUUUGAAACCUGUUAAUAAUAUGAAGAGUCUCGGACUAAAGCAUUGUCGAGCCUUGAGAUUUCCAUUUCUGCUGUCUGCCGCAGACCGUUUAAGUAAUUUAACGGUUUUAGAAUUGUGGAAACGAAAUCGUAGUAAAAUUGAAAUAAGGGAUAAGCUUCAUCUGUUGUUUGAGAAAAUGCCUAAUUUGAGGGAGAUAGAUAUAGAGAUAUACGAUAUGCUGAGGAGGCCUGACGAAGAGAUCCGUCUCGCUGAGAGCAAUGUUUUUUUCGAGUCGAUUUGUCGACUCAAGAAGUUGACUCGCGUGAAUGCAAACUUCCAAGUGUGGGAUAACCAUCUCGAGGCUUUGGCGAGCAGCUGUAAGCAAUUAAUGGGAGUGGACUUGAUAUGCAACCAUAUAACGCGGCGCGGUCUGGACGCGCUGUGCCGCCACGUGGGAGCGCGCCUGCUGGAGCUCAACCUGGCCGAGAGCCUGCUCACCGACGACGACGUGGCCGCGUGUGUGUACGCGUGCCCCAAACUACUGUCGCUGGACCUGUCCGACUGCCCGCGGCUGGUGUGGGCCGUGCGCCGCGUGGCGCUGGCGCGGCGCGCCAUGCGGCGGAGCCCCCGCCUCGCCGCCGAGGCGUCCCUGCGGCUGCCGCUGCCGAUCACUAUGAGCAGGACGUCGUGGAUGUACGCUUUACCAGCGACGGAUAUUCAAGCGUCGAACGCCAGUACUGAACGUUCAUCACAACUUAUCGUAUUAUUUGUGCUUACGCCAAAGACGCCAACUCACGCGCUCUGCAGCCUGCAACCUUCGUGCAUUCCGACAAAGAGAAUUUGAAAUAGAGGUGUAUUGUCAAAGAAAUCUUUGUAGCCACAAUAAAUUUACUGCCAUCUUUCGACACAUGAUUAAGACUUUUAGAACGCCAUUUAACUUUGAUCCUUAUUCUUUCACUGAUAUGUGUUAAAUUUGUUAACUAUCAAAAAGUGGCGCCAUCUAAUAGAUCAAAGGCCAAAGGUAUGGCGACAUAGUUUCGAGCGAUGGCGCCAUAACCUUUAGGUAGUGCCCGGUAAGAUGGCGCCACUUUUUGAUACUUAACAAAUUUAACACUUGUCUGUGAAAGAAUAAGGAUCAAAGUCAUAUGGCGUUCUAAAAGUUUUAAUCAUGUGUCGAAAGAUGGCAGUAAAUUUAUUGUGGCUACAAAGUUUUCUUUGACAAUCCACCUGUAUUUGAAAUUCUUUUUGAUUCCGACAAGGUUUAAGGCUAGGCCAGACGGGAUGAUCAAAUCGACCGAUUUAAUCAGGAAUGAAAUUGGCGUCAAUCACAAUUUAAUCACCAAUUUUGGAUGAAUGGUGACAUUAAUGCGUUUUAAAUUAUACAUGCCCACAACGCGUAUACUAGAGUUAUUAACUCUCAAGGUUAGCUGGAAGAGAUCCCUUAUAGGGAUAAAUUUCUCAUACUUUUCUUCUUGCACCAUUUUGCAAUUUUUAUUUUGCCCUAUGGUUGGCUGGUAGAGAAUACCUUUAGGCAUUAAGUCCGCCAUUUGUAUUUUUUUUUGUAUUUUGUGCAAUAAAGUUUAAAUAAAUAAGUUCGCCUUUGUACAGUCGCCAUCAGAUAUAUCGGAGCAACCAAGGCGCUCACAAAUAUCUGAACAAGCCUCUAUUGUCAAGGUGUUAGAGUGCAUGUUUAGAUAUCUUUGACCACCUCGGCUGCUCCGAUAUAUCCGAUAGUGACUGUUCAAUUUAUGUAAAUUUGCGAAUCAAUUUUUGUACAAUAAAGUGAUUCCUACUACUACUACUAAUUGGUAUUUUUGCGUCCGCACCUCCAAUUUUUCGGUCAUAAUUACAAAAGAACAAAGUGAAAUCGGCGAGCCAAAUAGCUAGGGAGCGUGCAUGAACUGUAGGAGGCAACACAGGAGCCGUCAGAUUUUUGGCGCGAGGCGUAAAUGUGAUGUUUUUUUGUUCCGAUGUAGCCCACAAGAUGGCAGAACCUACUAUGCACAAGGAAACAUAUGUGGCGUGUAAAUGUACAUGUUUAUGGUUCCGAUUCAGGCCACAAGAUGGCAGACCCUCUAACGCGCAGUCCCUAUUGGCGUUUGCGUCCAGUGAUUUGAUUAGAAAAUUUAAUCAGAUUGGCGAAUAAUUGUUCCCGUCUGGUCUGGCCUACGAUGACACACCGUUCCGACGGUCCAAUUUCGAGGUCACCUUGGUCGGGCGCCAUACAAAUAGGGAGUAUGACUGUAAAGUUCUACCGCCAGAGUGCAGGGGGCAA